UCUCUGAAAAAGAAACUCAGUGAUGUUUCUCGUAGACGUGAAUUAUAUGGCCUGAGAGACAUCAAUAUCAAGAGGGACGAAAACAGCCAUGCUGUUAGAAGAAUGAAACAGCUGAGAAGAAUCACCUCCUUUUCCUUAGAAGUGAACGUAGUUGGUAACCAGGAUGAGAUCAAAAAACUGUUGGAUAAACUGCUUGAUAAUGAACCAAGACGUUAUGUGAUCUCUAUUUGGGGCACUGGUGGCUUGGGCAAAACAACCCUUGCAGGAAAACUUUACAAAAGCAGUGAAAUUAAACAAAAAUUUCAUGAUAGUGCUUGGGUUUCUGUAUCUCAGCAUUUCCAACUUGAAGAUCUACUUCGAAAAAUUAUAAAAUCUUUCGGUUUUUUCGUGAAGGAAUUAGAGAGAAUGAAUGAAGAAGAUUUGGAGAGGCAUGUUCAUAAAUCUUGGCAAGGGCACAAAUAUUUGGUGGUAAUUGAUGAUGUAUGGAACAAAGAAGCAUGGGCAAGCCUCAAAAGAGCCUUUCCAGACAAUGAGAACUGUAGCAGAGUAAUUAUUACCACUCGCAGCAAAGAUGUUGCAGAGCGUUCAGAUGAAAGAACUUAUGUACAUGAACUUCGUUUUUUAAAUUCAGAUGAGAGUUGGCAGUUAUUCUGUGAUAAAGCUUUUCGGAAUUCAAGUACAGAAGAUAAAGGACUAGAGAUGAUGGGAAGAGAGAUGGUAGAAAAAUGUCACGGUCUACCACUUGCCAUUGUUGUAUUGGGUGGUUUACUUUCAACAAAGAAACCACAAGAGUGAAAUUCGGCACGAAAAAACAUUUGGAAAAAAUUAAGUGAUGAUUCGAUUCAUAUAACAUAUUUGUUGGCUUUAAGCUUUGAUGAUUUACCUUAUCAAUUGAAGUUAUGUUUUCUCUAUUUAAGUCAAUUUCCAGAAGACUCUGAAAUCGACACAGAUAGGCUGAUUCGCUUGUCGGAGGCUGAGGGUUUCAUAUCGCACAACGAAGAAAUAAUGGAAG